AUGAACUCAACUGAUUUCAGUGAAGAUAUAGAAGAAGUUCUAAAAAAUAACAUUGUGAAAGUGGAGACGGAGGCUGAAGAUGCUGCCCUGGAUUGCUCGGUGAACUCCAGGUCUGAGAAACACCCUUUGGACACUGUGUUCACUGCCCUUCAUGACUCCAGCAAGCGAAAGCAGCCGAGCAGCGACAGCCAGGCCGACUCGGUCCCCAGCGUGAAGCGGAGGCGACUGAUUCCUGAGGCACUCCUAGCAGGCAUGAGGAACCGGGAGAAUAGCUCUCCUUGCCAGGGCAACGGAGAACAGGCCGUCAGGGUGAAGAUCUUGGGCCCUGUGUGGCCAAGUGAGGAGGAGCCUUGCAAUGAUGUGACCAUCCCGUCCUACAAGAAGCCUCUGUAUGGCAUCUCACACAAAAUCAUGGAGAAGAAGAACCUUUCCGCAGGGGAUGUGCUCAACACAUACGAGCUCUUUGAGAAGGCAAACCCCAGCAACAGCCCCUCACCCCUGCGGCUGCUGAACGAGCCGCAGAAACGGGACUGUGGCAGUGCCGCAGCGGCCACUGAUGGGGAUCCCAACAUCUACUUUCUGAUCCAGAAGAUGUUCUACAUGCUCAACACACUCUCCUCCAACAUGUCCCAGCUGCACAGCAAGGUGGACCUGCUCUCCCUGGAGGUGAGUCGCAUCAAGAAGCAGGUUAGCCCCACAGAGAUGGUGGCCAAGUUCCAGCCACCCCCAGAGUACCAGCUCACGGCUGCAGAGCUCAAGCAGAUCGUGGACCAGAGCCUGUCUGGGGGUGACCUGGCCUGCCGCCUGCUGGUGCAGCUCUUUCCCGAGCUCUUCAGUGAUGUGGACUUCUCCCGGGGCUGCAGUGCCUGCGGCUUUGCAGCCAAGCGGAAGCUGGAGUCGCUGCACCUGCAGCUCAUCCGCAACUAUGUGGAGGUCUACUACCCCUCAGUGAAGGACACGGCCGUGUGGCAGGCGGAGUGCUUGCCGCAGCUGAACGACUUCUUCAGCCGCUUCUGGGCCCAGCGGGAAAUGGAGGACAGCCAGCCUGGGGGCCAAGUUGCCACCUUCUUUGAGGCUGAGCAGGUGGACCCUGGCCACUUCCUGGAUAACAAGGACCAGGAGGAGGCCCUGUCUCUGGACCGGAGCAGCACCAUCACCUCAGACCAUGUUGUGGACACCCAGGACCUCACCGAGUUCCUGGAUGAAGCCUCGUCGCCCGGCGAGUUCGCGGUCUUCCUUCUCCGCCGGCUCUUCCCCGAGCUCUUCAAUCACCGGAAGCUGGGGGAGCAGUACAGCUGCUACGGGGACGGCGGCAAGCAGGAGCUGGACCCGCAGCGGCUGCAGAUCAUCCGCAACUACACGGAGAUCUACUUCCCGGACAUGCAGGAGGAGGCGGCCUGGCUGCAGCAGUGCGCCCAGCGCAUCAACGACGAGCUCGAGGGCCUGGGCCUGGACGGGGGCAGCGAGGGCGAGCCCCCGCGGGACGACUGCUAUGACUCCUCCAGCCUGCCCGACGACAUUUCCGUGGUCAAGGUGGAAGACAGUUUCGAGGGUGAACGGCCGGGCCGGCGCUCCAAGAAGAUCUGGCUGGUGCCCAUAGACUUCGACAAGCUGGACAUCCCGCAGCCCGACUUCGAGGUGCCGGGCGCAGACUGCCUGCUCACCAAGGAGCAGCUGCGCAGCAUCUACGAGAGCAGUCUCUCCAUCGGCAACUUCGCCUCACGCCUGCUGGUGCACCUCUUCCCCGAGCUCUUCACCCACGAGAACCUGCGCAAACAGUACAACUGCAGCGGCUCCCUGGGCAAGAAGCAGCUGGACCCGUGCCGCAUCAAGCUCAUUCGCCACUACGUGCAGCUGCUCUACCCCCGGGCCAAAAACGACCGCGUCUGGACGCUGGAGUUCGUGGGCAAACUGGACGAGCGCUGCCGGCGCCGGGACACGGAGCAGAGGCGCUCCUACCAGCAGCAGCGCAAAGUGCACGCGCCGGGCCCCGAGUGCAGAGACGCGGCAAGCUAUGCAGUCAACCCCGAGAGGUUCCGAGAGGAAUUCGAGGGGCCCCCGCUGCCCCCGGAAAGAAGCAGUAAGGACUUCUGCAAGAUCCCCUUGGACGAGCUGGUGGUCCCCUCGCCCGACUUCCCGGUGCCUUCCCCCUACCUGCUCUCAGACAAGGAGGUGCGCGAGAUCGUGCAGCAGAGCCUCUCGGUGGGCAACUUCGCCGCCAGGCUCCUCGUCCGGCUCUUCCCCGAACUCUUCACGGCCGAGAACCUCCGGCUGCAGUACAACCAUUCUGGGGCCUGCAACAAGAAGCAGCUGGACCCCACGCGGCUGAGGCUCAUCCGCCACUACGUGGAAGCUGUGUACCCGGUGGAGAAGAUGGAGGAGGUGUGGCACUACGAAUGCAUCCCCAGCAUUGACGAACGGUGCCGCCGCCCCAACAGGAAAAAAUGCGACAUCUUGAAGAAAGCCAAGAAAGUGGAAAAGUGACGGGCACCCUGGGACUGAG